CCAACUGGGAACUCGAUGCAAAGAAAAGGUGGUCCGGUUGGAGGUAUAAUAAUCUACCUUGGAAUUUAUGCUAAAGCAAACCAUACAGAAAUCACAAAUAUGGUUGUUUUUUCCUUACUAUAAAUUCUCUAACAAGCAGGCAGAGAGAUUUGCAAGUAAUUGAAAUGGUGUGGCCUUUGAAGGAGAGAAGGGGUCCGGCAUGGAAGCAAGGGUGGACAAGAAGCACUUUGUACUCCCUAUCUGCACCUCCGUUGCAACUCUUGGCCAUAGUUGCCAUCGUCAUGUUUUUGUUAUUUGUUCCGUCCUAUAUAAACUUCAAGUCAACCGUGCAGACAGCCACCAUCGGCUUCCACGUGUUCCUCUUGUUCUUGCCCCUUCUGUUGAUUUUUGUUGCCUACACCAUCUCUAAAUACGGUCCACGCCUCGUGGUUCCGGCGCCGCCACCAUUCUUUGGUGGCAUUCGAGUACGCACAGAAGCUGGGAGUGGGGGGUUUCCUUGGGGCGUAGCGGCGUUGGUGGUGUUGCUCUUGGUUUUGGCCUCUUACCUCUCCGAUUUCAGGUCCAUGUGGUCGCCACUCAUUUGGAGACCCUACUAGUUGCUACUACUAUCAUAUAUAAUGUAAGUCAUCGUAUUCAUAUGAUACCAUACGCCAGAUUAAUCCAAAUCAGUUUCUUAGGACCCGGCCAAUUUUUGUGUAUCCCAUCACAUCAUAAUCAGAGUUUAUUAAUGAAUAUAUUGCAGUACUACUAGUUGGUCUCAA